CGUGGGGAGGGCGCAGCCAGGCCUCGGCCGCCGCCAUGUUGUGCGGCCCCGCGGCGGCCCGGGGAUGGCGGCGGCCGGCAGCAACUGGCUCUCGGGGGUCAACGUGGUGCUGGUGAUGGCCUACGGCAGCCUCGUCUUUGUGCUGCUCUUCAUCUUCGUCAAGCGGCAGAUCAUGAGGUUCGCCAUGAAGUCCCGGCGGGGGCCGCACGUCCCGGUGGGGCAGCACGCCCCCAAGGACCUGAAGGAGGAAAUUGACCUCCGGCUCUCCAGGGUGCAGGACAUCAAGUACGAGCCGCAGCUGCUGGCCGAGGAUGACUGCAGGCUGCUGCAGCUGGAGACACAAGGCUGCUACAACUACCUGUACAGGAUGAAGGCUCUGGAUGCCAUCAGGACCUCUGAGAUCCCCUUCCAGGCCGAGGGUCGCUACCCCAGGUCCCUGCUGGGGAGGAACUUCUGUGCCUACCUGCUGGAGCUGCGCGGCGCCGGCAAGGGGCUGCGGAAGGCUCUGAUCGACCUCCUGCUGGACGGCUACGAGAGCGCCCGCUACGGCACGGGGGUCUUCGGCAAGUCUGAGUACCUGAGGUACCAGGAGGCCCUGAACGAGCUGGCCAGCCUCACCAGGGCCCGGGCGGGCAGCAGCCUUCGCCAGCAUCAGUCUGCGGCCAAGGACCUGACGCAGGGCCCCGAGGGCCCUGGCCCGGCCACCAUCCAGGUCACCUACCUGCCCUCGGGGCAGAGGAGCAAGAGGGCCAAGCACUUCCUGGAGCUGAAGAGCUUCAAGGACAACUACAACACCCUGGAGAGCACCCUCUGAGGGGCAGC